CACCCAACCGACCGAGUGCCGAAAAUGGCUGCCAUGCCGGUUGCACUUGCACCACAAAUGCACAUCGUGUCCGUACAGACGGGUUUGCCGACUCGUGUCGUCGAGCCCGAAAGGACCCGUCUCAUCGCCGUGGCCACGCCGCCGCUAUCCGAGACCGUGCUGCAGCAUCGCCUCCGCGCGGUGCUCUACUACCGCACCGACGACGCUCCGUGGGAGGAAGGUAUUUGGGUGAAGGAGUCGCUGGGCGAGGUGCUUUGCUUCUUCCCAGAGAUAGCAGGCAGGCUCCGGCGCGGCACCAGCGGGUCCUGGGGUGUAAAACUUAAUGAUGCAGGAGUGAGGUUCCAGCAGGCGACGGUGGAGGUGACCAUGGAGGAUUUCCUGGCCGACCAGGGGAGGAACGAAGCAGCGCUGGCGCCGUGGAUCAACGUGACUGCGGAGACACCUGAUAUGUGCUCGCUCCUCUUCAUGCAGCUGAGUCAAUUUCAGGGCGGAGGAUACGCCAUCGGCGUGAGCUGCACGGUGCUUCUGUCCGACCCGCUGUCGCUGGCAAGGUUCCUCCUGACGUGGGCGCGGAAGCACAGGGACAUGAAGGCGCAGAACAAUAUCGUCCAAAGGCCCAUGAUGCAGUACAUGGCAUACAUCCAGAGGCCGGAGAUUUGCAGCAAGCGUGUCAGGUCAUUCCCAAUCGACUCUGUCGCCGCCGAUGGCACCAAUGCCCAGACCAUGCUCUUCAGGACCCCCGGCGGCUACGAGACAGGCGACCUCCGUGCACUUGCCGCGGCAUGUAUCAACCGGGCGAGCAAUGAGCUCAGGGUUGACAGGCCUUUGCGGUUCACGCUCAUCGUCGCGCCUCGAAACUCCGCUCGUGGAGCUACGACAGUCGAGACGGCAGUCACGGCGGAUGACCUCAACAAGGGUGACGACGGUCAGAACCUGGAAGCUACGGUGUGGGACGAGCUCGGACUGGAGGAGCUGACUCUCAGGGGCGUCAAGCCCGUGCAUGUGUCGUACAGAAUCGUGGGAGGCGGGGACGAAGGGAUCGUCGUCAUGAUGCCUGAUGGCGAUGGUUUCCUCGUCGCGGCAACUGUUCCGAAGUAG